CCUCCAGAUGGGACUGUUUAGUUGCAGGAGAACAAGCUCAGAGCACCCAUUGAUUCUACAUUAUGGCAAGUUGUCCCUGACCGUGAAGUUUCUGACCAAGAGGUUUAUCAGUGAAUAUGACCCCAACUUGGAGGACACCUACAGCUCCGAGGAGACCGUGGACCAUCAGCCUGUCCACCUGAGGGUCAUGGACACUGCAGACCUGGACACCCCCAGGAACUGCGAGCGCUACCUGAACUGGGCCCAUGCCUUCCUGGUGGUGUAUAGCGUCGACAGCCGCCAGAGCUUCGAUAGCAGCAGCAGCUACCUGGAGCUGCUUGCCCUGCACGCGAAGGAGACACAGCGCAGCGUCCCUGCCCUGCUGUUAGGCAACAAGCUGGACAUGGCUCAGUACAGGCAAGUCACCAAGGCAGAGGGUGUGGCUUUGGCAGGCAGGUUUGGGUGCCUGUUUUUCGAGGUCUCUGCCUGUCUGGACUUUGAGCACGUGCAGCACGUCUUCCAUGAGGCAGUUCGAGAGGCACGGCGGGAGCUGGAGAAGAGCCCCCUGACCCGGCCCCUCUUCAUCUCCGAGGAGAGGGCCCUGCCCCACCAGGCCCCACUCACCGCCCGGCAUGGGCUGGCCAGCUGCACCUUCAACACACUCUCCACUGUCAGCCUGAAGGAGAUGCCCACCGUGGCCCAGGCCAAGCUGGUCACCGUGAAGUCAUCCCGGGCCCAGAGCAAACGCAAGGCGCCUACCCUGACCCUCCUGAAGGGCUUCAAGAUCUUCUGAGGACCCUUCCCCAGGAACCCCAGGCUCGGUGGGUGGACAGGACUGCAGCGGGGCAGGGGCUGGCUUCUCACCACCGGUUUUUCCCUCUGAUGAACAGCAGACCCCACCUCCAGCACCAAGCAGUGUCCCUACACUCAGUUCACUGUGUGAGCUGCAGUGGCAGGCAGGGAUGCUGCUUCUGUUCCCUCCAGGCCUUGGUCUUCAUGGUAACCACCGCAUCUGUGGCCCUGGAGGGAAACAGCCACUGUGACAACCCAGAGACCUGGGUUCAGCCUUAAGUAGGAAGAAAUUGCAGUGUCCAUCCUGCUGCCAUCAGCCCUUCCUGCUCCAGCUACAGUUGGGCCAGCUGUGGCCCUUAGUGGACGGUCUAGGUGGAUAGCUCUGUCAAUGUCAGGCCCGAGAACCUGCAGAAUGACAGCCCUGGGGUCCUUGCGCCACCUGGUGGACGGGAAAGGCAGGGCGCUGCCAUUUCAGAGGCCAGAGCCUGGCCCUCCUGUCAUCUGCUGACUUCACAGAAGGCCCAGGCUACAAACCCCACAGUUU